AUUUGAUAGCAGGGACUUUAAUUCGUUGGAGGCUGGCGAUCCACUAUUUUCAACUAAAAUAAAGAGGAUCGGAGGCCGGGGGUCCACCUCAAACCCAACUUUUACAGCUUUUUAAGUAAAUGACAGGCUUUAGGUCAUGAGGAAAAAAUGGUGGAGAACACAGUAAAAAUGUUUCUUUUAUGAUAUAUUUAUGUUAAUUUUUCUAUAAAUUACGUUACCAAUUCUCCUCUUAAAAAACAAAAACCUCAAGAUCCUUUCCACAGCUUUACACCUAACAACAGAGGCACUUUAAUGGCACAAUGAAAACUUCCAACUGACACAUCGGACAAGGAAAGAGGAUCCAGAUUGGAAUCUACCCUAAAUUCGUUGUCCAACGUGGCACGGCGGACGUCCCUAGUUCGAAACGCAUCGCCCUCGCAAACGUGUUUUCUAUACCAGCCGCAAAGAUACCCCAGGGUUUCUGUCCCCUAGUAAAGCUAUCGUUCUUUUAGUCUCCUUGGAAAACGUCGUCCGGCCAUGCAACACGAGAGCUGUCGAUAAUAGUCAAGUCCGACGAUUUGCCCUAUUCUCAUUCCUCUUGCUUUCCCCGCCUUCAGAAGAGCUUAUAUUCCACGUUAAAACCUCCGAAUUUGGCUUAGAGAAGGGGAAAUGCCGAGGACUUAAGCCACCUUUAUUUGCUGAAUACGCCGAUUGCUCCCACGCAAAGUUUGCCAACAAAACGAGUUGGGGUUCACGUUUUCUGAGCCAAGAUUGCAUUUGGUUUUUGCAGGGUUUUCUUAGCAAAAUUUGACGAGAUUUGGUUCAGUCGAACUCGCAUUGAAAUCUGCCUUCUUGUUUUUUUAGACCUAAUUCACUAUUCUUUGCCUCUAAGCCAAAAUUGCAUUGAAACCACUUUUUUCUAGGCCAAGAAGGAGCUAAAUUUGUCAAUUUCUUUUUGCUCAGCCAAAGGUGUAGUCCAAACCACUUUUUCCAGGCCAAGAAAGAGCCAAAGUUGCACUCAAAUCCUCUGUUUUCGGGCCAAAAGAAAAAUUAAGUGUAUCAAUCAUUUUUCUUAAGCGCUGAAAUCGGCGCUUUUCAGAACCCAAAAGAGCUGUAUUUACCAGUUUUAAUUAUUGAUGGCACAAUUGAUGCAGAACUUACUCAUGGCCUCCAAAUCCCCGGUAAAAAAUGCAAUCCCUUCCAUUUCAUCCUUCGGAGGAGUCCAUUCCUUGCCAUUUCAGGUCAAGCUUAAUAAAUUGAACAGAACGAAACUCCGCCAUACAGCACUGAAGAAAAACAAGGUUUAUGCAGUUCUUGAGAUGGAUGCAUCUGCAGUUAUUUCAGACACAGAGGACAUCGAGGGUAGACAUAAUGUUAUAAGGAGUAAGAAUUCUGUAAUGCCCUCUUCUGUUAUUGAGGUGGACAGUGUAACUGAGCUCGAUUUGAAAGAAAAUGGGUUCCGAAGCACGAGAAGGACAAAGCUGGUGUGCACCGUGGGACCGGCUUGUUGUAGUUUUGAGCAGCUGGAAGCUCUGGCUAUGGGGGGCAUGAACGUUGCGAGGAUUAAUAUGUGCCAUGGCACUAGAGAAUGGCACCGGGAUGUAAUCCGGAUUGUCAGGAAACUCAAUCUAGAGAAAGGGUAUGCAGUGGCUAUCAUGAUGGACACAGAGGGAAGUGAGAUCCAUAUGGGAGAUUUUGAUGGUGCUCCUUCCGUCAAAGUUGAGGAUGGUGAUGUUUGGACUUUCAGUGUACGGGCUUUGAAUGGGCCUCUUCCACCUAAGACAAUCCAUGUCAAUUAUGAGGGUUUUGCAGAAGAUGUCAAAGUCGGGGAUGAACUAGUUGUAGAUGGUGGCAUGGUGAGGUUUGAAGUGAUAGGAAAAGAAGGUCCCGACGUGAAAUGCCAAUGUACAGAUCCUGGAUUGUUACUACCACGUGCAAACCUAACAUUUUGGAGGCAGGGAAAAGUGGUUCGUGAAAGGAAUGCUAUGCUUCCCACAAUUUCUUCAAAGGAUUGGCUUGAUAUAGAUUUUGGGAUUUCUGAGGGUGUUGAUUUCAUUGCAAUAUCUUUUGUGAAGUCAGCAGAUGUAAUUAGACAUUUGAAAAGCUAUAUUGCUGCUCGAUCUUGUGACAGUGAUAUUGGUGUCAUUGCUAAAAUUGAAAGUGUUGACUCUCUGAAGAAUCUAGAAGAUAUAAUUAAAUCAUCUGAUGGUGCUAUGGUAGCAAGAGGAGAUCUUGGUGCUCAGAUUCCUUUGGAACUGGUUCCAUCUGUUCAACAACAAAUAGUCCAGCUAUGUCGGCAACUGAACAAGCCAGUUAUUGUAGCAUCCCAGCUACUUGAGUCAAUGAUAGAGUACCCUAUACCAACAAGGGCAGAGGUUGCCGAUGUGUCAGAAGCAGUAAAGCAGCGUGCUGAUGCAUUGAUGCUUUCUGGUGAGUCAGCUAUGGGUCAAUUCCCAGAGAAAGCUCUAGGUGUGCUUAGAAGUGUAAGCCUACGCAUUGAACAUUGUUGCCGUGAAGAAAAGCAGUAUGAGUCCAUGCCCCUUCCAGACCUUGCUUCAUCAGUUGAAGCUAGCAUCUCUGAAGGGAUUUGUAAUUCUGCUGCCCAAAUGGCCAACAAACUGGGAGCAGACGCUAUCUUUGUGUACACAAGACCCGGGCGCAUGGGAUCUCUUUUGUCACGAUGUCGUCCAGACUGUCCAAUAUUUGCUUUCACAAAUUCAACGAGUGUGCGGCGGCGCUUGAAUCUUCAAUGGGGUCUUAUUCCUUUUAGACUGGAUUUCUCCGAUGAUAUGGAGAGUAACAUCAAUCGGACAUUUGCUUUGCUAAAAGCCAGAGGUAUGAUAAAGUCAGGGGAUUUGGUGAUAGCCGUUUCAGAUAUGUUGCAGUCUAUCCAGGUUAUGAAUGUUCCAUAAACUGUUACUCAAGGACAAUCUUUUUUGGCCGGUGAAGAUCUUUCCAUUCUUUCUUAAGAUCUCAUAUCUUUAUUAUUUCAUUGCCAUUCUCCAAGCCUAUCUUUUAAUGGCAAAUUAUUUGUGUCUUGUAAGUUGGUUAGGUGAAUAAGUGGUGUAUGUCUUAUUUCCUACAGAUAUAAAAAGGAUUCUAGUUGAAUGAUUAACAGAUCUGGUUUAAUGAGCUUCAGUGAAGCUAAAAGUCUAUUCAAGGUGACAUUUUUUCAAGAUUUAAGUAAAAAAAACUCAUUACUGCAA